AGCACUAACCGACCUACGUGCUGGUGGCGUAACGUCAUCUGUGUUAAUGUGGCCCUCUACUCCAGUUUUAUUAUCGGGGCUGUGGCUAAAUUAGCACGGUAGCAUUUCGUCAAACAUGAUUUGACUACAUAGCAGACACUAAGGACAGAGAUGGCGGUGUGUGCACUGACAAUGGACGGGAUGGGAGACGAGGUGGCUGCAGUAAGCGGUGUGUUACUCCUGGUCUUGGCCCUGGUCCUGGCUUGGCUCUCCACGCAAGUGGCAGAUCGGGGAGACCACAUCCUGAGCACCAUCCUUACAGUCGGGGCCCACGCCUCUCUAAUUGGGCUGGGGGGCCAUGACAGUUACAGUGGAGGGCCACCCAGUGCAGACACACCAGAGCAGCAAACACCUCCACCCUCCCAGGAGAACAAGCCAGAGGAGGGGGAGCCUGGGUCUGAGAGGGAAGAUGGUGAGAUAACAGGAGAGGGGACUGCAGGGGCUGGAGUUGACCUGCUGUUGAAUAUCCAGGGGAAGAAACCUCAGACAUACCAGCCUGAUGAUGAUGAUGAAGAUGAUGAGGAAGAGGAGGACUAUGAGGAAGAAGACAAGGUUCAGAAGCUGAGCCCAGGGGUCUCCUGCACCAGCAUCACGGUUCGUUUGAAGUUCCUGAAUGACACAGAAGAGGUGGCAGUCCUGAGUCCCCAGGAUACAGUGGGUCUACUGAAGAGUAAGCACUUCUCAGGGCGGGAGCGUCAGAUCAAGUUGAUCUACCAGGGCCAGCUGCUUCAGGAUCCCAAACGGACUCUGCUCUCCCUCAACAUCUCUCACAACAGUGUGAUCCACUGCCACGUGUCCCAGGUGCUGCGGGAGGCCAGCCCAGAGGAGGCAGCUCGCUCUGGGGCUAGUGGGGGAAUCAGGGCUGCAGGCCUGGCUCUGAGCACCAGCAGCCUGGUGGUGCCUGUGUUUGUGGUGAUGCUAGCCGUGGUCUGGUACUUCCGCAUCAACUACCGUCAGUUCUUCACCGCCCCUGCUACCAUCUCCCUGGUGGGAGUCACUGUGUUCUUCAGCUUCCUCAUCUUUGGAAUGCACAGCCGGUGAGCAGGAGAGGAGGCAGAAUGGAAGGGCCCUCAUCUGGGCAGGGGAAUGAGAGGGAAAAACAACUGUGUCAGGAGGAUGAAUGGAGUCAGGUGGCCUCUGCCUCAGACACCAUAGAGCUCAACUGGAAUCCUAAGAGUGGGUGUGCCUGUGUUUGUGCAUGCACCAGCAAAUAGCAUAAUAUGAGAUUGAUUGUAUGUGCAGAGAUUUAAGUUAUCUGGAAUGUGUGUUUGUUAGUAUGAAGCAGAGAUAAUACUGAGUGGUAAUUUUGUUUCUCAGAAAAACAUUGAGUGGGUCCAGCUCCUGUUGGUCCUUUAUAGGGCAGAACCAUCAGCAUCACACCCAGGACCACAGGCUGCUUGGUCCACUGUGUCAGCAACAUCUUCUGGCCAGUUUGGCUUCACAUAGCCUGUUCUGUGUUAGGUUGCUCUCAGAAAUUAGGGUCUCUAUUCAAUCAGAUCCGCUUAAGCCCACAUCAGUAUAGAAAUUGUGUGGGAGGUGGAACUGUGUUAGUGCUGUCAAAUCCACUGAAGUAUAAGAACUGGAGACUGCGCCCAAGAUGUCCGCCUUAUGUUUUCAAGGUUAUCUACUCACGUUCACAUACGCCAAUUCAUGUCUGUCUAUAUCCGGGUUGAAUCCAGUUUAUACAGAUCAACAUCACAUGCACACUAGCACUCAGUGUGCACAGGGAGCAGCGCAGACAUCAUCCAAAAACAUGGCAGACAGAUAAAUAAAAAAUGUUGGCAUCAGCUACAAAUAUUUGAAUAAUUCAAUGGAUGAUUUGUGCACAAAGGUGAUGACCUAAGUGUCUUAUUAUGAAUUUUGAAAUCUGACUUAUCUAUGUGGCCGUGUAUGGAAAUUGUCCUUCUGGGCUGGCAGUCAGUUAAACUGCAAAACUGUAGCAGUCGAAACCGUGCUUUGCUUUAAGUCAAUACCACGGAGCCUUGUUUACAAGUUCGAACAAUGGAAUGUGAGAUGUAAUCUACACCUCGAUGAGGCUGAUUAGAAAUCUGUAUUUGAAUUAUUUUCAAUUUGAGCGUAAUUUCUAUCUAGCCUACACGUUCUCGUUCUGAACUUCUAAUGCAAGUAGGACAGGUGUGGCUUCGUGAUAAUGAUAAAGAGCAGCCACUCACAGAUUUGACAGCUCCAACGCAGUUGCACCGCCAGAAAUCAGCUAUGCGCGUGUCGGCUAUCGCCGGUUAACACUUGAUCUGAUUGAAUCUAGACCUAGGAUAAUGCAUCUCUUCACAUCAUGGCCACAUACUCUUUUCAUUAUAUACACGUUAACGUUCCAGAAAUGUUUUCUUUUUGUAGUACGUGUUUGAACGAGCAAUUCAUUUCCUCAUUUGCAACGGAAACAAAAUGAAGAUUAUACAA